CGGAGAGCGACUUUGAGUGUAUGUCAAACGUCACGUUUCUUGCUGACAACCAUUCAAAAAUUAGGUUAUGUUACCGUUUGUUUUGUUGGGUCAGUUCCAAAUUAAAUUUGUGUAGAAAUGGCAAAAUUACUUUCGUAUUAUUCUUUAUGCCCUUUAAUUGACACCAAAAACCUUUUGGGCAUAUCCGAAGACUUAGAAAAGGGGGCUGUCAUAGUUACUCUGGGUAAAAAUAUAGCCAUAAAGUAUCGCUUAUCUGACCAAAAGCAAGUGUGCAGUUGGAGAAGCAAAGAAAAAUUCAGUUCUCCAGUGGUGUUCGAUAAAAAACUGGAAAAGUAUGUUGCAGUAUUCAAUCAAAACUUUGUACGCAUUUGGACUGAUGAGGAUGAAACCUUGGAUAAAAUAAAAAAAUAUAAGUUUAAUCACCCUAUCUAUACAAUAUUGGAGCACAAUGGAGAAACAUUUGUAGUCUUCCAAAGUGGAUCUGUGUAUUCGUUAAAUGAUAUUUUGGAGAGCAGAAAAUCCUUCACUCCAGUGUUAAUUGUUGAUGGUGGAGAAAUAUGUGAUGUGGUUUAUAAAAGUGUUGAUGAGGACUUGUACCUAGGAUUACUAGUUAGUGAUAAGGACAGUAUCACCUUCUAUUGGACUGUAUAUACCCACUAUUCAAAAAAUUCUUUUUAUAAAAAUAAACUGUUAGUAAGCAAUGUCACAUUAAAAGGCUAUUCAUUGUAUGUAAUGAAUAAGAAAGUCCAUUUAUUAACAGUGUGGAGCGAUUGCAAAAUUUAUAUAAAAGAAUUGAUACAGUUUGACAAAGAACUUUCAGAUGUUGGAGAACUACUUACAGUGCUUGAAAACAUUUCUCCUCAGCACUUGGUAAAAGUGUUGACUUUAGAUGAACGGUAUAUUGCCAUCUAUGGUUCUGAUCCUAAUGAAGAAGGUGCUGUAUUACUAAUUUAUAAUACACAGUUUAAAGUAACUCAGUCAAGGCAAUUGCAUAAAUUGUAUACAAAGGAAGCAAAAAUCUGGAAAAUGUUUAACACUAUUAUGCUUCCUGUAGGACAGAAUUUAAUUGUGGUUCCAUUCUGUUUAGAUUCUGAGCAGUUGGUUGCUUUAGUAGGUAGCCAUAAACCUUUGCCAAACAAAAUAGACUCAGAUGUUGCAUUUGUAACUGAUUUUGAGGUGGCAAAUUGGAUGGAAGAAUUGGAAGGUGAAAAGAGAAAUGAGCAAAAAUCAACUAAAGGCAAAUUGGUGCCAAAGAGUUUAAAACAUAAAUUGGAAGAACACAUGCAUGAAGGACUGGCAGAAGCAGUAAUACUUGAUCAGAUUUUACCUGAAAUUUUAGAGGAGGGUACAGUCGAACUAGUUAAGGAUGUUCUAAAGUUUUUCACUGAUAUUCCUGAAAAGCAUUUAGCAAAAAUUUUACACUUUGUUUUAAGUUGCAAUAAAAGAAAGUUUAAAGAGGAUCCUGAAUUUAGUAAGAAUAUUCCUAUAGAACUUUUGCCAAGUGAAAGAGUUAAGUUAGUAGAUACAAUCCUUAUAAAUAAUUUUAAUGAUAACUUAUUGCUACCUUAUUUAAGAAGUGAACUAAACAUUGAUCAGGCUACAACCCUGCUGCAAUAUUUUACCCAUUUGCUUUCAGAAGAAGGUCACAAUUUACCUGCACUAAAUGCACUGAAGACAGAAAAAUGUGUUAUUAAAUGGAUUAGUGUAAUAAUUGAUGCAAAUUAUCAAAAAUUUGCACUCACAAAAGAUGAAAAAGUUGAAAAGGCACUUACAAAUUGUUGGGAUGCAGUUUCAGAACAUCUGGAAGUUAUUGACAGCUUGCAAACUGUUAUGCCAGUUUUAACUAGAAUUGAUGCAGAAGCUAAAGGCAAGGGUUUUGCUAGUGGAGGCCUAGGAAGUAGUGCUUAUGUCAUAGAACAAAUUAGUUUAUAAUUUUGUAAGCUAAUAAAUCAAAUUCCUAGACAU